AUUGGCGGGAAAGGGUUUCGCUUCAAAUGCCCUCGGUAACAUCCAAGAUAGGGUAUUAAGGUGUGGGAAAUAGGAGAUAAUGCUAUAUGGAUUUGCUUCGUGAAAACGGUUAUGAUAAAUUAAAGUGAUGACUACAGGUGUAUACACCUGUAGUUGUAGUUCACGGCAUAAUCGAAAACAGGCAAAUGCUUGUGUGACACUAUGGGCGUUGAAGUUUUCCAACGUCUUCCUCGUUUAUGCCUUCCCAUAAGAUAUUCGAUUGAACUGACACCUUGUUUGAAGACAUUUACCUUCUCUGGAAAACAGUCUAUUUCCCUGGAAGUGAUUGAAAGUAUCAGUGAAGUCAUCGUCAAUGCUAAGCAGCUAACCAUUAACCAUGCAAAAUUCAACGGAAACACUGUUGAGGUUUUAUCUCAACCGGAAAUUGAAAGAAUUAUUUUCCGACUUGGCACGCCCUGCCUUGCGGGAUCUGCUGUUUUAGAUAUCGACUUUGAGGGUUCGAUUGGUGACAAAAUGGUCGGGUUUUAUCGAAGCAUGUAUUCUACGGACAGUGAAGAACAAAAAUUGAUGUUGGCCACUCAGUUCGAGCCAUCGUGGGCGCGGUUGGCUUUUCCCUGUUGGGAUGAACCAAGCUUCAAGUCGGUGUUCAGUAUCAGCUUGAUUGUGCCGAAGCAAUAUACUGCCAUUUCAAACAUGCCUGUUGCCUCACGGAUCGAGCAAGACCGAAAUCGCGUGGCUUAUCAGUUCGAAGACACUCCAAAAAUGUCGUCCUAUUUGGUCGCCUUUGCAGUGGGGGAAUUCGAACACGUUGAGGCACACGAUAGCGACAAGGUUUUAGCGCGUGUCUACUCCCGACCCGGUCUCGUUUCGGAAUCUGGUCGCGGUGAGUUUGCUCUAGAUACUGUGUGUCGCAGCCUCCCUUUCUACGGGGAUUUCUUCGGUAUCCGCUAUCCCUUGCCCAAGGUGGACUUACUCGCGAUUCCCGACUUUGCUUCCGGUGCAAUGGAAAAUUGGGGUCUCGUCACGUUUCGCGAACGCACCUUGUUGGUGGAAAAGGACAAUUCGUCCCCAUCCUCGAAAGAGGCGAUUGCUCUGACAAUCAGUCAUGAACUGGCCCACAUGUGGUUCGGGAAUCUUGUCACCAUGGAAUGGUGGACUGAUCUUUGGCUCAAGGAGGGUUUCGCCAGCUGGAUUGAGUAUCUUUGUGUAGAUCAUUGUUUUCCUGAAAUGGAUGUCUGGACCCACUUCACGUCAGAUCAAAUAGCCUCGGCACUCCGCCUCGAUGCUCUGGAGAACUCACAUCCAAUCGAGGUUGAAGUGAAUAACCCCGAAGAAAUUGAUGAAAUCUUUGACUCGAUUUCUUACUGCAAGGGAUCCAGUCUAAUCCACAUGUUACACGCUUACAUGGGUGACCGUGCUUUUCGUGAUGGGCUUUGCUCUUAUCUGAAAAAGCACGCUUAUGGCAACGCGCGCACAGAAGACCUGUGGGCUUCUCUGGGCUCUGCAUCCGGACUACCUAUCGCUUCCAUCAUGCGACCCUGGACUCGGGUUGCCGGGUUUCCUGUGGUGUUCGUGCGGCCUUUGGAAGCUCAAAACGGGCGACUUAUGGUGCAGGUUAAACAAACCCAAUAUCGGUUGCCAUCGCGCGCACCCCAACCUCCAGGCGCAGAACAGCUCUGGUCUGUUCCUCUUGUGUUCUCAUGCUACUCAACAUCAGGUCAGCAUCAUGUGAUCCACCAACAUGUGCUGACUGAAUCAGAGGCAGUGAUCGAGAUCCCGGUGACCUGGCCGACUUCCGACCUCUCCGGUUGCUUGGUGCAAUUAAACCCUGAUGCAGCCGGAUUUUAUCACGUGUGCUAUGCUGAAGAUCAGUUGCAUCGGCUCGCCAUGCACAUUAAGAAGAUGAACGCCCCCGCAUCCACCAAAUUUGGUUUUGUUAACGAUGGAUUUGCUUUGACCAAAGCGGGCUACCUCAGCAUUUCCGAUUGGCUGGUUCAUUUAACCGAGUUUCUCAAAGAUGAGCGCUCAUACGCUGUCUGGCGCUGCGCACUCAUCGAUGGUCUUGGUACUUACGUCCGACGUCUGGUUCAUGAGGACGGAUCUUCCUUAUCAGUGUAUCUUACUUUCUUGCGCAAGCUUACUCGACCGAUGUUGGAUAACUUAGGCUUCUUCAAAUCGGAAGAAUCUCUUUCACAUGACGAUCGCCUUCUACGAUCACUACUUGUCACCACGGCCGGCGCAGAGGCUGGUGAUGCGGACGUGAUCGCUGAAGCCAAGCGGCGAUACCAGCUGUAUCGUUCUGGUGGGGACAAAGCCGCUAUUCCCGGUGAUUUGCGGGCUGCAAUUUUGACAACCGUGGUCCGCCAUGACGGCGACAUCAACAUUCUCGAACACUUGAUGAAGACGUAUCGCACUAUCAAAUCACCCGAGGAGCGUUCCCACAUUCUCACUGCUCUUGGAGCUGCCAGAGAACUGGAGUUAAAUAGCAAUCAAUCAGGUGAUCAUUCGCCUACCCCCUUGCAACGGGUGAUCCAAUUUUGUCUCGAUCCCGCUGGCCCCGUUCGCGACCAAGAUCGUAUACAUGGCCUGUUGGCUUGCGCUUCCUGGUCUUCUGCUUCAAGACUGGUCACUUGGAAUUCAGUGAAAGUAGAGUGGGAUCGCCUCUCAAAACUGUACCAUGGACAGUGCUUGUUGGCCUACCUAGUUAAAGGUAUACUUUCAGGCUUCGCGACCGAGGAACACGUCUCCGAUGCCAAAAUCUUUUUUGAACAACACCCGGUCUCCUUCCCACGUGCUUUGAAACAAGCCGAAGAAACUAUGGACACUAAUUUGUUGCUUUUACCACGCGACGCUCCCUUGCUUUUGCGGACCCUCACGAAACUGGCUUCUAACUGAUGUGUUCGCAUCACCUUAAAAUAUACCGUGUGUCACUUGUCAGUUGGAACCAUGCUUUUACUACCAUGAAUUGACACGUUU